CUACCUCUGGAACCCCUUUUGAAUCCACGGAAGACGCUACCUCAAAACCCUCUCCGCUUACUCCUUAUGAGACAACCCCAGAAACCGCGCCUAAAACAUCGGCCGAAACCACUUCUGAAACCCAUCCAGUAAAUACUUCGGGUACUACUCCAGAAACCACUGUUCAAACAUCAGCUAACCCCGCCCCAGAAACCACAUUCACGCUGAAAACAACUACGACUGAUGCUAAAACCGCAACCACUGUAAUGGAAAUUCCACCUAAACCCAAGCCACUGGAUCCAUCUGUUAGAGCUAUCACCACUACUGUUGAUCCAGGAGUCAUCGGCACUCUCGUUACACAUUCAAUUGACGGUACGCCAACCUUACCUUCUGAGCUUUACCCCAUCCCUCUGCCUGAAUUCAGCGGAAUUGUUACUUCCUGGAAUACCGUAGAUGGGUCCGGGAAUAAAUCAUUGAAUGUGAAAUUAGUUCAAAUUGGGUUGGUGGUUCUAGCUUGUGAUACUCUUAUCAUAAGAGGAACUCGCCAGGAAUAUGAAUCAUACGACAUUUCGAGUACGUUGUCGCUCGUAGAUGUGAGAGAUUGUGAUCUAAACAUCGUCACUGUUAGAAGUUCUGGUUUUUUUUACUUUACUACGACCUUUGUCAACAUUGCGACCGUCUUAAGUUUUGGCAACUUGUACAACAAGCGGGUGUUUUAUGUUGAUACCACCAGUUCGAAUAGCUUACAAUCCAUCACCUUCGACAGCAUUGUGAAUGAACGGUACAUGGUGUUCAAAUUUCAACAGACGAGUUUGGUCGUUGAAACAAGUAUUAAUCUGCGUGGUUGCAUUAUUAUAAAUGGUGAUUCGCUGAGCUUGGUAACAUUUCCUAUGUCCUCGGAAAACCGUGGAGUAAUUAGUCUCAAUGGGGGUGUCCAAUUGAUAGCACAAGGGAUGUCUAGCAAUGGAGGUAUAUUGUUGAAAGACGAAUCCACUUUUACCCUUGAUGACGAAUCCUGUGGCAAUUCGAUAUGCUUUGUAUCAAACAAAAAAGCCAUACUUCAGGUCCUGCAGCCACCGAAAGACCCCAUAUAUGUUGCCGGGUUUGGAAAGAACAACGUUAUUCGAAUUUUGAGUUUAUGGACAACCCCUCCAAAAUUCUCCUACCUGGGAAGUUUGUUAACUUUUAGUUUCGAUGAACAUAACUAUGUUUUUGAUAUUGGUGAACGUUAUUCUCUGGAUAACUUUAAGUUUAACUCUGGUGUUCUGGAAGCGGAACUAACCUGCACCGUUGAUCCACCAUCAGGAAGUAACACGUGUCGACACCUGGAAUGUCAGAUGACAGUUAGUGCUGCUCCCGGUAGAAUGCCUGAAGUAUCAACGAAAACCACUGAUGGGAGCACUUUUACGCUUACAAUUACCACCGACGAGAGCCUGUGGACAACUAUAACAGCUUCGACUGAAGAAACUACCACCGAUGGCACUACGACGGACGAGGCCACCACCGAACAAACCACCACAGAAGAAACCACCACAGAAGAAACUAUAAAAAUGCAUUCAUCAAUAUUCUUAUUUUGUGACACAAAUUCCCAACGACAAAGUCCUUGGAUUAAUUUAUUUCCACAGAAACCACCACAGAAGAAACCACCACAGAAGAAACCACCACAGAAGAAACCACCACAGAAGAAACCACCACAGAAGAAACCACCACAGAAAAAACCACCACCGAAACAAGUACACUGGAAGAAACCACCACAGGAGAAGAAACCACCACCGGAGAAGAAUCCACCACAGGAGAAGAAUCCAUCACAGGAGAAGAAUUCACUGAAGAAACCACGACGCGCGAACCAACGACAGGAGAAACAAUAUCUGAAGGAAGUACGACAGGAGAAACAAUAA